UGCACAGUGGAUGAUUUCUCAUCAUGAAUCGUGCUUUUAGCAGAAAAAAAGAUAAGACAUGGAUGCAUACUCCUGAAGCUUUAUCAAAGCACUAUAUUCCUUAUAAUGCAAAGUUUCUUGGCAGUACAGAAGUGGAGCAGCCCAAAGGUACAGAGGUUGUAAGAGAUGCUGUGAGAAAACUUAAGUUUGCAAGACAUAUUAAGAAAUCUGAAGGCCAAAAAACACCAAAAGUUGAGUUACAGAUUUCCAUAUAUGGCGUAAAGAUUCUAGAUCCAAAAACAAAGGAAGUCCAGCACAACUGCCAGCUCCACAGGAUAUCAUUUUGUGCUGAUGACAAAACUGACAAAAGAAUAUUCACUUUCAUAUGCAAAGAUUCAGAAUCAAAUAAACACUUGUGUUAUGUCUUUGACAGUGAAAAAUGUGCAGAAGAGAUCACUUUAACUAUUGGCCAGGCAUUUGACCUUGCUUACAGAAAAUUCCUAGAAUCAGGAGGAAAGGAUGUUGAAACACGAAAACAGAUUGCUGGAUUACAGAAAAGAAUUAAUGAGUUAGAAACAGAAAAUCUAGAGCUAAAAAACAAGGUGCAAGAUUUGGAGAACCAGCUGAGAAUAACCCAAGUACAUACGUUGCCAGCAAGCAGUGUUACACCAAAGUCUCCUUCCACUGACAUCUUUGAUAUGGUUCCGUUUUCUCCCAUCUCCCCAAAGCCGUCAACACCUACUCGCAAUGGCACCCAGCUUCCACCAGUGCCCAGUAGAUCUACAGACAUCAAGAGAGACCUUUUUGGAGCAGAACCUUUUGAUCCAUUCAGCUGUGGAGGAGGAGAUUUCCCUCCAGACAUCCAAUCUAAGCUAGAUGAGAUGCAGGAGGGGUUCAAAAUGGGACUGACUCUGGAAGGCACAGUGUUUUGCCUUGAUCCUCUAGACAGCAAGUGCUGAUUGUCAGGAAUAGACAUUUAAAA